UUGUGCUUCCAGCCUGUGCAGAGUAGGUUACGCGUCCGAGUUUCUAGCAGUUUGCUAAACAAUGGGAGGGCUAACCUUUGCCGGGUGUCCGGCAGGCGGAACAGAGCGGAUGAGGGCUUACCGGCAGUUAAAUGGCCCCGAAUCAAGCUCUGGCAGCAGAGAGCGGCGGCGGAAGUUGCUCUGGGCGGGGCGGCGUGCUUGGGAGAAUCGGAUCCCGAGCCUAUCAAAACGAGGCGGAGGCGCCUACCUCUGGAAGGCAGGAAAGAGGUUUUCCAGAAGGUGGACCAAGGCGUGAGUGAUACGGCUGUGGGUACCAUUUUGGCCUCGAUGAGUCAACGGUACGCCUGAUUAAGAAAAACAGGUCGCAUUGGUCCUGCGUGGAGAAAUUUCUCAGUCUACUCCAAGAUGUUGUGCAUUCCUGUGAUAUAAGCACCGGGGAAAUGGAGGCCGCCUUAACUUUCUCAGUAGAGUAGCAGACCAUAAAGGGGCAGCCAACGACCUCAAAGCCAUUUGCAACCAUGCCAAACGGAUCUUGUAGGUAUCUGGUGGAAACCAGCGGUCAGGGCAAUCCAGAUACGGUUUGAGACGUUUAAAAGUUGCUGCUGUUUGCGAAAUGUGAGGUUGAUGGGAGAGGAAGAACCAUUAAACGCUGAGUUGACACCCAAGUAUUUCAAGAAGUUGGAGAGAUUGAUCAGAGAUUCCUCAGCAGGUUCCCAGUUUCAAGCAGAUUGUUGCGGGAAACAGCGAGGGAAACAAAGUCACCGAGACCACUUUGCAGGAAGCAGGAAUUUUAUAAUUCUACCAGACUCGAGAUAAAUUCUCAAAGCCCUGAGCCCGGAUCAGUGUCAGGAGAUGAGUUAUGUACCCCCCCAGGUGGGUAAUGUAACCAAGGGGUUUUUGCAGUAUAUGGUUCGCAGGUGGUCAGAAAGACAAGUCAGUUAUAGAGAAACAAGUUAGUUACAGAGUUUCCCCUCAACCCCCCCACCCCGACAGAAUGUGGUCACAGUUACAGGAAAUCUUGCAGAGCCUAGCUGGAGGCCUGUGACACUUUUGAGCUUGCAGAAAGCUGCUUGUAGCCCCCAUAGUAGGGAAUUCAAGGUAAAUUCUAGACACAGUAAAUCCCAGAAAAAAUAGCCACGUUGGCUCCAACAAGAUGAAUCUCUUUUGGAAGUGCAUGCCUCCCAUAUUUUUAAGGAAAUAGACAAAAAUCGGGAAAGCUUAGAGAAACUAAGGUCAGGAUUUCCCUCAUUUUUUUGUGCCAGUGCCUCAGGGCUCAGGUGACAAAAUGAUAAAAAUCAUUGCAGCAUUACAAGACCUUAAUCUCCUUCGUCUUCUGGAAAAAGAUAAAAAACAACAACAAAACGCCCUCCUGUGUUCUGGCGAUCACACCCCGAAGUAUCUAUAACCACUGCCCUCUUUUUGGAAUGGUUUCUCAAUCGUUUGUCUAUGAGGCCCUAAGUUAAUGUAACAGACAAAAAAAAUUUGAAUUUGGAGUCUUACUUAUUACAAACAAAAGUCCCAACAACCUGACUUAAUAUUCUUUGUUCCUAAUGUUGAUGUGGUUUUUCCCUGGGAAGGCACUAGCUUUCUCCAGUCCUUGUAUUAUUGUAUAAUUGAAGCAUUCAGGUGGUAUUGCAGCAAACAAACGUUUGACUACUUUGCUGACUUCAUAGAUCUAAACCCUCACUGUAUGUUUUAAAAAAAAGAACAUGGCAACAUUACAACAUCGCUGAUACUUUAUUAAUGGUUAAAGAGGUGAUGGAUGACAUAAGACAGCCAUUUUUAAUAAAGCUUAGUGGGAACUUUGAGAGGAUGCUGCGAAAUAGUAUGUAUGUUUUCCUAGAGUUGAUGAAGUCAAAAUGAAGAAGAAAAAGUCCAUAGAGUCUGCAAGAUGGGUGAGUUAUAAAUUCAUCAAUAGCAAGAAUAGUGAAAAUAAUGAGCUACUCAAUCUUCGGUGAUAAGAGAGUCUAUAUCUAUAGAUGAGGAAGAAAACAAGUCCCUGCCACCAGAGGUAAAUAUAAGGGAAUUGAAUUGAAUGCUGUUUUACUGCCAGUCUUCAGUCCUCACCAAUAUUGCAGUUGAUAGGGAUCCUUUCCAGGACUGAAGUUUGGCUUGAAAAAAGUUGUGGUAAAUUGCUGUAUAUCUAUAAAGUGGUGCAGAAGAACCUUCAAAAUCAAAGGAGUCCAAGAAAGAAAGAUGAUGAAGUGGAUGAUGGAGAUGAAUGCAGGAUCUGAGUCUGAGGGGAAAUCUGAGUCUUUCUCAGAGUCUGAGACUGCCAGAAUCCUGUAAGGAGGAGAAAAGGUGGAGAAUAAAAAGUGCCAGAAGUGCCUGGACCUUCCGGCAAUGGUAAAGACUUAAUAUAUCUGAAGAGCCUGCCAAAGCUAUAAAGGCAGAAUUGGACUUCUGGAAUCUAACCUUGGAAUUGAAUCUGAAGAGAGUAGAGGUGUCUUGAAUUGAAGGAUGAAGAAUAUCUAGAGGUUAUGUCUUCCAAAUAACAGUCUCUUGCUAUCCUUCUGUCAUUAUCUCAACAUCACCUGCAUCUCUACCAUCAUUCUUAGAAUCAGCAGUCACAUGUCUAUAACAUUUAGUCAUUGAACAAACACUGUGUAAACUCUGUGCAGGGCCUUGUGUUAAACUUGGGAAUUCAUCUCAGGAAAUCAUCUGAGGAUCUGAGAUCCUGACGGCUUCUUUUCUGACAUACCCCAUGCUCAGGACCCUUAGCCUACGUCUCCACUCAGCCAUCACUGGCAGCUACUUCUCUGGUGCUCACUCCAUCGUCUUUGUCAACUGUCCCAAUGAGCAAGUUGCCAGAGACAUUGCCAGGGCCAUAUUGAACAAGAAGCUGGCUGCCUCUGUGAACAUCCUGCCCAAAUCAUCUUCACUGUACUUUUGGAAGGGAGAAAUAGAAGAAGCCACUGAGAUCUUGUUGUUAAUAAAGACAAAGACUUCCAAGGUCCUCAUGCUGUCCAGCUAUAUCAGGUUGGUGCAUCCGUUUGAAAUCCCAGAAGUCUUCAGUCUUCCCAUGGACCAAGGAGAUGUGCACUAUUUCAAGUGGCUUGAGGAGGGCAUGGAGGAAGACUGAGUGGGAGAAGCUUCUUGUGAUGCUGCCAGCUGCCUCUAGCCUUCAUCAUCUGUGCUCUGGGGAAGAGCAGGCCUCCUUCUGUCUCCCAGCUUCUGUGGAUGCUAUAUUCCCAUUAGCACAGUGGCACUAAUUGACCUAUGCAAGCUGGAGGUCCAAAUUUCCCAAGGCUGAAAAAGAAGGCUAGGCCAGAUGGGCCAGCAAGAACCCAAUGGAACUUGUCUUUGAGUGCUAUGUGUUUAAAGGUGGCCAGAGGGUAGGUGUGGAUGGUUGGGUGUAGGGCCUAAGGGGAGGAGGAAGUGAGGGUGAAGUUUGUCAUCUUUAUAGUCACUGGGCCUAGCUUCAGUGCCUAGAGUGUAAUUUCUCCCCUGCUUUUCAAGGGAAGGAAUAGAGACAAUGACCUUGUUCACCCGGAAGUCUGUGGGAUGAAUACCUCUUUCCAGAGGGACUGGCAAGUGCUCUAUUCAAAAGGAUGACUUGGUAUUGUGGAAUGUCAGGGAUCAGCAGGAUUUUCUUUUUCUUUUCUUUUUUUUUUUGUAGUUAAAGAGGCUUUUGUUGCUCCUGAGUCUCUAGGAGGUGGUACUGGGAAUGUGUUUUUUGAGCACAUGCUUGACUGGGGGGUAUCAGGGCUUAGAACACAGCCUUGUGAGUUGAGAGUAUGUCUUGACUGUUUUCUGGCCUUAAUGUAACAGACACUCAAAGGUUCUGGUGCCUUGCUCAGUGGCAAUACAGAUCUUGAGUCCUGGAACCAGCUAGACCAGUGCUUUUUGUGUGUCUGUGUGUGUGUUUUCUACACAGAGCCCUGGGGUUGACACAAGGCUCCACCCACAUUCCUGCCAGUUCACUGUUUUCACUUUUAGGUGCUGAACUUCUUUGUAAGAUUUGGGGGAUUUUUGAAAGUUUUCUUUGUCAAAAGUUUUCUUUGUCAAAAAUUUGUAAACCAUUUUGUUGAGCCAGUCUCCAUUUUAUGGAUUACUGAGGAAAACUGAACAGCAUGACAUUCAGAAGGGGGUAGAAUGUUGAAUUAUGCAUGGUACAGCCAUGCUGCUCAUAGUUUCUGGGGCUCUCCUAUACUUCCACCACAGUGUCUGAUGAAGAGCAGGGGAUACUGAGACCCAGGUGGUGGGAAGAAGAGAUUUGACCUAGGUUCCCUCCGAGAAUUUGUCACAAGGUAACUCCAUUCUGGGAGGACUAUGGACAGUUGGGUUAAGGAUCCACAGACAGCUGUGAUAUCCUGAUCUCUCCUAGAGGAAGGGGUGAGUGAGUGAGGUUCUGAUACUUGCUGUGCUUCUUUCACUUUAGUGCUCCCAAGUAUCAAGCAGGGGAGGAUCUCCAAGGGCCCAACUGUGAGGAACUUAUAAGACCUGCAGGCUGAGGUCCUUCCAAAGGUCCAGAGGGUGCCAGCAGUGAUUUUGAGGGCUGCCUGAGGAGAGGAACAGAAUGCUAAUGAUGAUGUCUCUUGCUUUUUACAGUAGAUCAGUUUCUGACACAUAUGCAAAUACUAUGUAAAGUAAACCCUACUUAAAAUGUACUGAGGUUCCCAGAUGGACUACGGUUUUUCUUUUAGGCUUGUAUCUUGAGGAAGUCUGGCUUCAUAACCUUGCUCCCCUUGCCUUUCCCAUUAUCACCCUUGUCUCUGCUGUGCCAGGUAAUGUUACUUCUUUGCUCACACUGUCCCUUCUGUCUGGAGUGUCCUUCUGCCUGAAUGCUUAUGACUCUGGGGCUGCUGCUUUGUAAGACCUGGCUCCACAGCUGGAAGUUCUCUCUUCUGCCUUGGUGUUCUGCCUGCCUUUGUGUGUCACAGUCAGGGGCAUAUCUGAAUCUAUUACAUCUCUUGCACAAGGUUUGGCGAAUAUUCCCCCAAAUUGAUGUUUCAAGGAUUUAAAUAACCAAAGUUUUCUCUACAGUAAAGUGUGGAAUCAACAAGAUUCAACUUUUUUCCUUUGUUGCAGGCAGGUGGCGAGGGUCCUUGCCUUCACUAGCCAAAGAAUUGGCCAGUGAGACAGCAAACUGACUCACAAGACCACAAGGUCAGCAAACAAGUAGGAUUUAUUAGACAGGAAGGAAAAGCUGCCCUUAGAGAUAGACAGAGAGCCCAGAAAGUCGGUUGCUCCCUGCCAUUUACAGAGGGGGUUUUUUAUUUGGUCCUUUUUGUUGGGGAGGAGAGUUAGGAGUCAGGGGUGG